AUUUCAAUUUACAAUAUGAUCAAGAAAAUAUACAACCGAAGAGAGUGAAAGACUGAUGUUGAUGUAGAGGGGGUGGGGUGGGGGGUGACUAAGUGAGAAAGUUGAGUACCUCUAUAAGAGACAUUAAAUAGCAGAGGUACAUGUGAGGUUGAACAUCUUUUUCCACUUUUUACAAUUUUCAGCAGCUGAAAGGGCAAGAAGAUAGAACAGCAUGGCCCUACUCCUAUUAUCUUAAAAGCUUGUAAUAAAGCAAAAGCAAGAAAGUUAGCCUAAUGGAUUAGAAAAAGCAAGCAGUGCAAAGCAGCAAAGGUGAUAUAGAAAAGCAAGAAACUCCCCACCUUCUCCUAAAAGGUUAAAAAAACACUCCCAAUUGGAAGAGAAGAUGAUGAUGAUCAGAAGCCAAGAAAAUCCCAGAAAUAAGUCCUUUGGUAUCUCCGAUGAUCACAUUAUCCCUACUUCUAUAUGUCCAACCUGGAAACUGUACGAGAACCCCUUCUAUAAUUUACAAAACCAACCUCACAACCCCACAAUUCCACAUCAAGAAGAAACCAACCACACUCCACUCAAAAGUCACAACAAUAAGCAAAUUCAUCGUCUAAACCUCCCCAUAUCUGCUAGGAAAAUUGCAGCAUCCUUUUGGGAUCUUACCUUUAUUAGACCAUUCAUGGAUUCUGAGCUUGAAAUGGCUCGAGCCCAAAUCGCUGAAUUGAAGUCCAAGUUAGAACAUGAGCGAAAGGCACGUAAGAAGUUGGAAUCAAUGAACAAGAAGAUUGCAAGAGAGUUGUCUGAAGAGAGAAAAGGGAGAGAAGCAUUGGAGCGAGUCUGCGAAGAACUUGCCAAUCAUAUAUCGAUGGAUAGAGAAGAGAUCAAUCGAUUGAGGAAAGAAAUGGAAGAAGAGAGGAAAAUGCUGAGAAUGGCUGAGGUUAUGAGAGAAGAGAGAGUCCAAAUGAAGCUUAAUGAUGCCAAAUAUUUAUUGGAAGAAAAGUUGUUAGAAUUGGAAGAAACCAAGAAAAUGUUGCCAUCUAAUGCCAAGACUGAAGCCAAAAAUCAAGAAGACAUGAACCAUAAUAUCUCAUCAGCUGCAUGUGAUCAACGAACAGAGAAAAGGUGUGAAAUAGCUGAUCACAAGUCCAUUUGCAACAGUGCAAGUGAGGGAAACAGUGCUUCUUUUAAUUACCAAUUGACGUUUCAUAGAAGAAACCAAUCACCAGAGCCUGAAAAUCCUCACAUCAAACGAGGGAUCAAAGGAUUUGUGGAAUUUCCAAAGGUGGUCCGAGCCAUUAGUUCUAAAAGCAGACAUUGGGGUACAAAGUUGGAGUGUCAAAAGGCUCAGCUAAGGAUAUUACUGAAACAGAAGUGUCCUAUCCGAUCCAAUGGUCUUAUAACAAGCUGAUGGCUUAAAGUUUGUAACUUUUAGAGUCACAUUCUGUAUGGCUCAAUCCAAGAAUAUUACUGAAACUGAAGAGUCCAAUCCAAUCCAAUCCAAUGGACUUGUAACAAGCUACUAAUAGCUUAAGUUUGUAACUUUGGUGUGCCAUUUGUUUUUUCUUCUUCAAGUCUUGAUUGAAUUUUCUCUUAGGCCUACAGCGAGAAUCUGCUGUUUUCAUCAUGAUAUACUAUGAGUUUUUUGUGAUUUUGUUAUAAUGUAAAUGUAAAAUCCUAUGGAGUAUGAUCUAUAAUUCACUUUGAAGCUA